UUCAAUGGUAAACGUGACAUCCGGGCACUUUGUUCAAAUUUAGUGUUUUCUUUGGUCGGGUGUGGAUGCUGUAGCUGUCAAUAUUUCAAAGAGCUUGCAUAUUUUUGAUUCAUAAUUUUCCAAACGACGCACCGGAUUUAAAAAAGGAAGACGUAAGGAUUGUAUCAAGAGAGGCGUUUUGAUUGAAACACCCAAGCUGGCUCAUUAAAAAGAUCCCGAAAUCUAGGUAAAAGCCGGACUUGGUGACUUUAUAAUGGGUUGUACUCAAAGCAGCGAGGAUAAGCAGCAGUUUGAAAGGUCGAAGGCUAUUGACAAGGCUUUACGUGCAGAUGGAGAGAGGGCAGCUAGAGAAGUUAAACUUUUAUUACUCGGUGCUGGAGAAUCUGGGAAGUCCACCAUUGUGAAACAAAUGAAAAUCAUCCACGACAAGGGUUACUCACAAGAAGAAUGUCUUCAGUACAAACCGGUAGUGUACAGCAACACUAUACAAAGCAUGAUUGCCAUUAUAAGAGCCAUGGGACAGCUCAAGAUAGACUUUGGACAUCCUGACAGAGCUGAUGAUGCAAGAAUGCUGUUCUCGCUAGCGGGCUCUGACGACGGCGAGCUUUCCCCAGACUUGGCGGCUGUGAUGAAGAGACUAUGGAAGGACUCCGGGGUCCAGGAGUGCUUUAGUCGGUCCAGGGAGUACCAGCUCAAUGACUCAGCAGAAUACUACCUGAAUGCCUUAGAUCGUAUCUCACAACCCAACUAUGUCCCAACAGAACAAGAUGUUCUCCGGACCCGAGUGAAGACAACGGGGAUUGUAGAAACACACUUCACAUUCAAAGAUUUGCACUUUAAGAUGUUUGAUGUUGGAGGUCAAAGGUCAGAAAGAAAGAAAUGGAUCCACUGUUUUGAGGGCGUGACUGCCAUCAUCUUUAUUGUCGCCAUGAGCGAGUACGACCUCACACUGGCUGAGGAUCAGGAGAUGAACCGUAUGAUGGAGAGCAUGAAGCUGUUUGAUUCCAUUUGUAACAAUAAGUGGUUCACGGACACAUCCAUAAUUCUUUUCCUCAACAAGAAAGAUUUGUUCUCAGAGAAAAUCAAAAAGUCACCGCUGAGCAUCUGCUUCUCUGAGUAUCAAGGUCCAAACACAUACGAAGAUGCAGCAGCAUACAUACAGCUUCAAUUUGAGAAACUGAACAAGCGUGCAGAAACUAAAGACAUCUAUUGCCACUUCACGUGUGCCACAGACACCAACAACGUGCAGUUCGUAUUUGACGCCGUCACAGAUGUGAUCAUCAAGAAUAACCUGAAGGACUGUGGUCUUUUCUAAAAAAACAGAAGGUAGGCAAUUGGCCAUUGGAAACCAAGACAUCUUUGCCAAGAACUUUUAAUGAGACAGUAUCAGUGGAUGUCACCUUUUUCUUUACGUUGCUUGCUGAGCUUCAUGGAGAAUUUUUUCCCUGACCUUACUAAAAGAGGUCAUUGACAUUAGGAACAGGUUCAGAGGAUUAAUAGACAGGGAAAAUGUAUUGAUACUAUUUUAAGCUUCAGCUGACACAUUUUUUUCUCAACUGAGUAUUACGCUUACCAGUUUGAUUGAACAUUCACUUAAUAUCAUUUAAAGAAGGGCACAAUCAAGUCUUUGGAUAAUUGAAGGAUGCAGAACAUAGAUAAAAGGUUCUGAAAUGUUUUGGGAGAUACUUUUUCUGCACUUGCAAGGUAGACAAUUGAGGACCAAUUUGAUUAUGGUUUGUGACUAUUAAGAAAGGCCUAUAACCAUACAAUUUGUAUAUAUUAAUAAAGGAAACCUGAUUUUACUUUAAAGUAAAAAAAAUAUUAAAUUGUGGGAUGACUGUGCAUUGUGCAUGUAGGAUUUGGAUGACGUGAGUCUUUGUAAUUAUUUUCCCCUGCUGGCAAAUACAGAAAUUGACAUCCAUUGUUUAUGACUUGGUCUGGUUACUUUGUUAAAUGCAAGAUUGAGCUCAUUGAGACUAUUAUUGCUAACAUCUUUUCAAAACUGUUGUGCUGUGUUUGAGUCUAUAGUUGGUACCAUCUUUACUUCAUAAUAGAAUAUAGAUUCGUAUAUAAAUUUAAGCGUGAGUUUCUUUUUUAAACAGCUAAUUUUUCUUGGGCUUUUGGAUACUGUUAUUUCAGAAUCCGGUCUGGGGGAAAAAUUCGUCAAAGUGCAAAAUGGACAAUGAGGUUGCAGAAUAGCACCAAUAUUUUGUUAAGGUAUUUGUAAUUAUUACCUAGUCUGAUAAUGGCCAGGAUGCCUGAAGGACUAUUUUUGUAUAUACCAUGAACUGUACUUACUGGUCUCUGAGCAUUUUACUCCAUUGUAGCUGCUUGUUUUGAAUACUGUUAUUCUUCUUAAUCUUGGUAUUUGUGUCAUGGUCACUGAAAAUGCUAUGGGAACAGUUGUAUUUCACAAAAUGGCUGUCAUGGUAACCAUCAAGGUUGUCAAGGAAAUCAUGGUUGCCAUGUGAUUGUGUAAGUGUGAAUUAGAAUGACCUGUUUCAUUCACUUUACAAAGAAAUAAGACUAUACCUCUUGUAUUUUAGCAUGGAUAUUUCUUGCAGCUUGACUCUAGUCCCAUUUAAUGCCAUUAUGGUAUCUGAUAUAUUUCAACAAAAUUAAUUUUGUACGACAAAUCUCAUCCUUAAGAUAACUUCAGCAGUAAGGAUAGAUGGUUUGAGAAAAUAUUUUUCUGAAUUUUUUACAUUUGUGUAAGACAUCUAUAUGCAAGCAGCCUGUGCACACCAAUUUUUGAGUCUCUCUCUCUCCCUCUCUCCUAUGAAAUAUAAUAAUGUUAUAUUAUCUAUUUAAAGAUACAUAGCUUUUAAUCCUAAUGUUGUAAGCAAAUCGGGCAUUUUUGUAUGUAUUGUGAAUACUAGACUGAUGGAAAGUGUGUACAAAGCUUUUGUAUAGUUAUGUGUUGGUAUUCAUGUUGAUCUUGUAGGCUAAUUAUGUAAUAAAUUGUGAAGGAAUUUCA